GCUUGUCGAAUCGAAAGCUUUUCGAGGGCUGGAAGAAAAAAAGGAAAGAAACCCUAGAAAGAGAAACCGUCCAUUCUUGUAUUAGGGCAAAAUCGCCGCUUCUGGUUUCUUCGAUUUGUGGAUAGUCGGCUUCAGCUCACCAAAUUCUCGGCUAUCGGACGAGAAACCCUAGUGUGCUCUCUGUCUUCGAAACCUCGUACGGCUCUGUCCAUGGCACCGAAGCGGCCAACCCCGAUCGAGAAUCCACCUGCCGCGUCUUCGAGUGAAGAAGAAACUGAAGAAGAGUAUUCAUCAGAGGAGGAGGAUCCUGAGGAGGAGCCGGAUCGUAACGAGAAGAAAGAGGAUUUAGCCUCUGAUGACGAAGACGAUGAAGACGACGACGACUCUCCGGUGAUGAAGAAGCCAGAGACUACAGCUCCGGUGGUGGUGACAAAUUUGAACCAUAAGCCAGAAGCUUCGGAGUCUGAAGCCGAUUCCGGUUCGCAGACGGAUUCGGAGUCGGAAUCCGAGCAUGAGAGAACCGACAACAAAGCUGUGAAGCCUGUCGUGAACAAGUCAAUGGUAGAGAUUCCUGUGUCUCAGAAACUCGGGUCUACCGUGUUGGGUUUGCCGGCGAAUUCCACGGCCAAGCGCCCCUCGACUGUGUUGGGGAAAGAGGGGAAUAAAUCAAAGCGGGCGAAGAUGCUGGAAGAAGAGAAAAAGCCCGAAGGCAGCGAAAGCAAGAGAACAGGAGAGGAUACCAAGAAGCAGCUGUUUCAGAGAUUGUUCAGCGAGGAUGACGAGAUUGCUUUACUACAAGGUAUUCUUGAAUUCACAGCUAGUAAAGGGGACCCUUAUGGUCAUAUGGAUGCAUUCUACGAAUUUGUGAAGAAGUCUAUCAAUUUUAAGGCUAGUAAAGCCCAGUUGUUUGAUAAGAUCAGGAGAUUGAGGAGGAAGUUUGAAAAAUCGGUGAAGAAGUCAGUUAAGUUGGGAAAGAGCGGAGAAGACCGCAUAUUUCCAAAGGCUCAUGACCAAAAGGCCUUUGAUUUGUGGAAGAAGAUAUGGGGUAGCGAUGGAGCUCUGCAAUCCGCGCAGAAAUCAGCCAAGUCGAAGAAGAAUAAGGGAGGAAGCUCCAAAGCUGAGGUUUUUGCAGGCAGCAGGUUGUUUGAUUCUCCUCCUAAGAGGGGAGAUGCGAAGAGGGAAGAAGAUAAGGAGGUUGUGAAUAAUUUUGAGGCCAUUACAGGCAGAGAUAUGGCAUCGUUGUUGAAAGUGGAGAAUGUUAGUGCGUUUAAUGAGCUUGCGGUGAUGGAAGGUUGGGAUAUGGUCGACGGAGCAAAGAAGAGAGAAUUGGAAGAGAAGUGGAAGAAGAUCCAGGCUGGACAGAUGGAACUGCUUUUGCAGCGGAACGAGUUCAUUGGUGAGGCGGCAAGGCUGAUAUUCGAGGCAGUGAAGGCAAAUGUGGCUGGUUUCGGCCAUUAGGUAUAAAUGGUGAUAUAUCUGUGAUGUUUUGUAGUAUCCGGCUAAAAUGGGUUUGUCUAAGGGUAGACCCUUGAGACCGUUUAGAUUAAUUUGUCACUGAACUAUUUGCUUAUGAAACUGAUGCCCUGAUGUUGUUGCUUCUUACUUUCUCUAUUGUCUAAUCUGAGUUUUGGGCCUGAUGGUUUCUAAUUCUAGGUUGAAUUAUAUA